AUGGCCUCAGAGAAGCCGACCGUGGUGGUGACUUGCACCGCGCCCGUCAACAUCGCGGUCGUCAAGUACUGGGGAAAGCGAGAUGAGGAGCUGAUCCUGCCCAUCAAUUCCUCUCUGAGCGUCACGUUGCACCAGGAUCAGUUAAAAACCACCACGACAGCCGCCAUCAGCAGGGACUUCAUGGAGGACCGGAUUUGGCUGAACGGCCGGGAGGAGGACGUGGGGCAGCCUCGCCUCCAGGCCUGCCUGAGGGAGAUCCGCCGCCUGGCCCGCAAACGGAGGAGCGACGGCCUUGAGGACCCACUGCCUCUCAGCCUCAGCUACAAGGUUCACGUGGCCUCGGAGAACAACUUCCCCACGGCCGCAGGCCUGGCCUCCUCGGCUGCAGGCUAUGCCUGCCUAGCCUAUGCCCUGGCCCGGGUCUAUGGGGUGGACAGCGAUCUGUCGGAAGUGGCCCGCAGGGGCUCGGGCAGCGCCUGCCGCAGUCUAUACGGUGGCUUCGUGGAGUGGCAGAUGGGGGAGCGCCCUGAUGGGAAGGACAGCAUUGCCCAUCAGGUGGCCCCCGAGUCACAUUGGCCGGAGCUCCGAGUCCUGAUCCUUGUGGUGAGCGCUGAGAAGAAGCCAAUGGGCAGCACGUCAGGCAUGCAGACCAGUGUGGAGACCAGUGCCCUGCUCAAGUUCCGGGCAGAGGCACUGGUGCCAGCGCGCAUGGCUGAGAUGACCCGCUGCAUCAGGGAGCGUGACUUCCAGGCCUUUGGCCAGCUGACCAUGAAGGACAGCAACCAGUUCCACGCUACCUGCCUGGAUACCUUCCCACCCAUCUCCUACCUCAGUGACACAUCCCGGCGCAUCAUCCAGCUGGCGCACCGCUUCAACGCUCACCAUGGGCGGACCAAGGUGGCAUACACUUUUGAUGCGGGUCCCAACGCCGUGAUCUUCACCCUGGAUGACACCGUGGCUGAGUUUGUGGCUGCCGUGAGGCACAGCUUCCCCCCUGAGUCGAACGGAGACAAGUUUCUGAAGGGGCUGCCCGUAGAGCCCGUUCUGCUCUCAGAUGAGCUUAAAGCCACGCUGGCCAUGGACCCCAUCCCCGGCGGCAUCAGAUAUAUCAUCGCCACCCAGGUGGGACCUGGGCCUCAGGUCCUGGACGACCCUGGUGCUCAUCUCCUGGGUCCUGAUGGUCUGCCAAAGCCAGCUGCCUGA